GAGGCCUCACAGCUGCUCGGAGACUCGAAGGAUCAGAUCUCAGGUCCCAGUCCCGGUCCCGGCUCCUCUCCAGAACCAGUCCAGCACCAGUCCGGAUCUAAAACCUCGACCCAGUGCUCAUCAUGGCGACCGCUGCGGUGCCCCCCGCCCCUCCCACCGGGUCCGGCUCCGGAUCCAGCCCGGCGGCGGAGCUCGUCCGCGGGCAGGCCUUCGACGUCGGGCCUCGGUACCACAACCUGUCGUACAUCGGGGAGGGAGCCUACGGGAUGGUGUGCGCCGCCCACGACCGGGAGAACAAGGUGCGUGUGGCCAUCAAGAAGAUCAGUCCCUUCGAGCACCAGACGUACUGCCAGCGCACGCUGAGGGAGAUCAAGAUCCUGCUGCGCUUCAAACACGAGAACAUCAUCGGGAUCAACGACAUCAUCCGCACGCCGACCAUCGACCAGAUGAAGGACGUAUACAUCGUCCAGGAUCUGAUGGAGACGGACCUGUACAAGCUGCUGAAGACUCAGCACCUGAGCAACGACCACAUCUGCUACUUCCUCUACCAGAUCCUCCGUGGACUCAAGUACAUCCACUCUGCCAACGUGCUGCACCGCGACCUGAAGCCGUCCAACCUCCUGCUCAACACCACCUGUGACCUCAAGAUCUGUGAUUUUGGUUUGGCUCGCGUGGCCGAUCCCGACCACGACCACACCGGGUUCCUCACGGAGUACGUGGCCACUCGCUGGUACCGAGCACCUGAGAUCAUGCUCAACUCCAAGGGUUACACCAAGUCCAUAGACAUCUGGUCCGUGGGCUGCAUCCUGGCUGAGAUGUUGUCCAACAGGCCGAUCUUUCCUGGGAAACACUACUUGGAUCAGCUCAACCACAUUCUGGGGAUCCUGGGUUCUCCGUCUCAGGAGGAUCUCAACUGCAUCAUCAACAUCAAGGCCAGGAACUACCUGCUGUCGCUGCCGCUGCGCUGCAAAGUGCCGUGGAACCGCCUCUUCCCCAACGCCGACCCCAAAGCUCUGGACCUGUUGGACAAGAUGUUGACCUUUAACCCUCACAAGAGGAUCGAGGUGGAGGAGGCCCUGGCUCAUCCGUACCUGGAGCAAUACUACGACCCCACAGACGAGCCGGUCGCUGAGGCUCCCUUCAAGUUUGACAUGGAGCUGGACGAUCUACCCAAAGAGACGCUGAAGGAGCUCAUCUUUGAAGAGACGGCACGUUUCCAGCAAGCCUUCAGGUCCUAACAUCUCACACAGAUCUGUGUGGACGAGCCUCACGCUGCCACGGCUCCUCCUCCUCCUCCUCCUCCUCCUCCUCCUCCU